AUGCGCUAUCUUAGACUAAACGUUAGUGUUGAAGAUAAGGCUCAAGAUGAAGCGCGGUAAAACCGUUUUAUUCAUACUAUUAUCCACAGUUCUCUCUUCAAUAUGGUGUACUUCCAACGAAAUCAAGGAGUCUUGGUACCGGAACAGCCAAUCGGUCGAGAAUUUCAAAUGCAAAGUUCCUCAAGCAAGAAGUUUCGAACUAUCGGAAUUGUUCGAACAGGAUGACCCUUUGAUUUUACAUACGGAGAAUGUAUAUCCAUCGAUGACGGUUCUUCACAGAUGUGAAAACUCCGGAUGUUGCUCGUCAAUGAUGAAACAUUGUGCUCCAACGCAAACAGAAAUAGUCAGGUUGACAUUCGGAAUUGUAGAGCCUGGAGUCUCAAAGAUACAAUACGUUCAUAAAAAUGUAGUGAAUCAUACAUCUUGUGCUUGUCUGAUGAAGAACGGUUCUUAAUAAUUUAUCAUUAUUAUCUGAAACGUAUCUUGGAAUUUUAAUUUCAAGAAAUGGGAGAAAAAUUGUGAAAA